AAUUCACGCUACGUGGUAGCUUUUACGACUUCUAUUUCAGCCGCUCUCAUUUCGCCGUUACAGGGGUGCAUUACGAAUAUGCAUGUCUGUUGAGGCGACUGGUAUCCAUGACGUCGUAAGAAUGCAAUUCGACACAGGAAUGCCAGGAAAGCCUCGCCGUAACUCCCCAUAGCAUGGAGGCUUUACCGAAUCAUGCUAAACGAGGGGCCUUUUUUGUCGCCUUAACUCUUAGACGGCGCUGCCCCUAAUUGAAAAGAGUGCCUUUCGUCUUCUCAGCUCCGACUGCUAAUUACAACUGAAAACCCAAAAAUCAUACCAACGGCAGUCCAGACUCCAGGACACUUCAUAUGUUAUACAUAUAUAUAUAUAUAUAUAUACAUAUAUGUACAUAUAUGUAUAUCAUAAUAUUCAUGAUCAGCAUGACCAGACAGAAGGAAGAACUUAAGAAGAGGGAGACAUUAAUGCCGACUGCCAAUUUUCAGGGGGAAACUUUACUGGAAAACUCAUCUCUUAUCACAUUCGGUGGAGAGUUAGGUCAGCGAGUCGUGGAUAUUUGGUUUCAGGAAGUUAUUGCAUGCAUGCAUAAAUGGUUAUGUUGGAGACUGCUAACGUCAAUUACCCACCCCACUCUUGUGGCGACUGACAGUGAGGCUCCUGUAGGUGGUGUUGACACACACCACAAGCGUAGCUCACUCUGUCAAUGUGGAAAAGGGAGUGUUGGAACCAAUGGAUUCCAUGCGGCCUCUAGCAUACACUGACACGCACCCACUAGCACCUGAUAGUAAGUUACUCAGAUGCCUUGCAUAUCUUGGAAAGAAGUAUUAUAUUAUAGGAAGAGACAAGAAGCGAACCUUUUGGAGAGUGUUGAAGAUCGAUCGGUUGGAUUGUUCUGAGCUAGACAUUGAUGAAGAUUCUGCAACAUACUCAGAAAAUGAGUGCUCGGACCUAUUAAAAUGGCUAGAUGAUGGAAAUAAGAUAACAGGUGGACUUAAAUUAGUCACGACUUGUUAUGGGAUCAUUGGGUUUGUCAAAUUUCUGGAACCUUAUUACAUGCUGCUUAUAACAAAAAGAAAGAAGAUCGGUGAAAUUGGUGGCCAUAAGAUAUAUGCCAUUACAAAGAGAGAGAUGAUUCCCAUUCCAAAUCCUACCGUCAGGACCUUCAUGGCUCAUUCUAAGAACGAGAACAGGUACAAGAUGCUUCUUUGCACAGUGGACCUUACAAAGGACUUCUUUUUCAGCUAUUCAUACCAUGCCAUGCGUAGUCUUCAGAAGAACCUGUAUGAUUAUAAGACAGGACAACACCUCUAUAAAAAAAAGUGUGUUUGGAACAAAUUCUUAACAAGUGAAAUCCGAAAUAGACUUGGCAAUACUCUCUGGACAGUUGCUUUAGUUCAUGGCUUCUUUAAACAGGUCAAACUUUCUGUACCUGGAAGGGACUUCAAGUUGACCCUCAUUGCCAGACGCUCACGUUGUUUUGCAGGCACUAGAUAUUUGAAACGUGGUGUAAAUGACAAAGGUAGAGUAGCUAAUGAUGUUGAGACAGAACAGAUCGUCUCUGAAGAUCCUGUUGAAGGGUGCCCAACACAAAUGAGUUCUGUAGUGCAAUAUCGUGGUUCAGUCCCAUUGUUCUGGUCCCAGAAUGCUUUGGGAUUUCAUAAAUUUAGACCCGUGUUUUCUUUACAAGCAGAACAGCAUAAUUAUGAAGCCAUGGUACUUCAUUUUAGAAAUCUUGUCAAGAGAUAUGGAAAGCCAAUAGUUAUAUUGAGUUUGCUUAAGACACGUGGAAAGAAGCGUGCUGAGAAAACUCUUGGGGCAACCUAUGCAAAAGCCAUCGCGUCCAUCAUUGAUAAAUUACCAGAGAUGAAUCACCUAAGAUUUUGUCGAUGGGAUUUACAUACGCACAUGUACUAUAGAAGACCUAUAUAUGAGUUGCAACAGUUAGGAGACUUGGCUGCUGAUACAUUGGACUCAACUGGCAUCUUCUACUGUCAAUUACCCCCAAAAUUAUGGCAGGAUGGAUUUUUAAAUUUAUCCUACUUUGAUAAAUAUAAUGGUCACAACUCUUUAGAGGAUCUCUUUAAUAAAAAUGGGGAUGCCGGUAACUUGGAAGCAAAUUUUACUGAUGGUGGUGGAAGCUGUGAUGCAAAUGAAAACUAUGGUGUCAAAUGCAUGUCUCAAAAAGGGGUCCUGAGGAGCAACUGCAUGGACUGCUUAGAUCGCACAAACGUUGUUCAAUAUGCAUACGGACUAGCUGCCCUUGGACGUCAGCUGCAUGCUUUAGGAUUUAUAGAAUCCCCAAAUAUUGAUCUUGAAGAUCCUUUGGCAGAGAACUUAAUGACAGUUUAUGAGGCUAUGGGUGACACACUUGCACUACAAUAUGGUGGUUCCCCAGCACACAGUAAGAUAUUUGCUGAUAUUAGAGGUCAAUGGAGACCGGCAAUUGAUUACCAAGAUCUCAUUACAACCGUAAAACGAUUUUGCAGCAAUGCCUUCUUGGAUUUCGUGAGACAGGAUGCAAUGAAUGUGUUCUUGGGUUACUUUCGUCCACAACAGGGAAAGCAAGUUCUGUGGGAGUUGGAUUCAGACCAGCGUUACAAUGUUGGAAGGUCAUCUUUUAAGAGGUCACUGUCAGAUAGUGAUAUUCUCUCUACAAGUAACUCACCUAUGGUGAGCACAGAUGUGAUGCUUAAUCCGCCUUUUUCUGGAAAAGUGCAAGGAAGCAGCAUGAAUCUUUUAGGUUUCCUGGCAGACAUCCAAACCCAGCCUUCGCAUGACCAAGCUCAAGGAGGUAGCACAAGUAUUUUAGCGUUCAUGCCAGAGAUCUCAACUGGUACCAGGCUGUCUCCGGGUUACAUGCAAGAGGACCAAAGCCUGAAAAGUGACAAUAUUUAUGAUGAGGAAACUAGAGAUGCAUCUGCUCCCUCAAGUUUAUUUGAUAUGGACUGGCAUUCUUCAGCUGCAAAUUCUUUUGUUGAAGAAAAUGAAAGGUGCUUUUCAUGUGAGACUAUAAUUCAUCGAAUGAAGGGUGGUGGAUAUUCUGAGAGCUUUGUGAAGUGGCUCUUUCAUGGGGAGGCGCUGUUCCUUAGAAGUUGACUGAUCAAUUGAAAGCUGACAACUUGAUGGGUAUUUCUUUCUUGAAUUGAGAAUUAUUUGGUAUUCUCUGAUGUCUAUAAUUAAAACUGCUUACAUAAGCACUAAUUUUUAAGAUUUAACAUUUUAUAACAGAAUGAAUAUAUCACGUCUAACGACGUUUUAACUCAA